UAUUCCUCAACUGACUUUUAAACACACUAUGAAUCUCUCCUCCAUUCAACGUCAAAGAGUCUUUAAUUACAAAUGUGGAAGUCAAGGCAGUCUUUUGGCUACCAUCGGGGGAAUGAAUUCUGAGGCUACUAUUUCAAUGGCAAAUAUCUUAGGCCUCUUCAAGAUCCCACAGACAACACCCUACUCCCGGUGCACUGAAGUCUGUUAUCAUGGAUACAUCAAGGUUGUCAGGGAGGAUAAACCGGUUUGCUGUUAUAAUUGUUCCCCAUGCUCAGAAGGGACCAUCUCCAACAACACAGAUAUGAAUGAUUGCAACAGAUGUCCAGAUGACCGCUAUCCUAAUAAACUGAGAGAUGAAUGCAUCCCGAAGCUAAUAACUUUCCUUUCAUAUGAAGAACCUCUGGGACAGGUUUUGUCUUCCUUUGCUCUUCUGCUGUUUCUCACCACAGUUGGGAUUUUUGGGAUUUUUAUUAAGCACCAGAACACACCAAUAGUCAAAGCCAACAAUAGGGAGGUCACAUACAGCUUUCUUGUUCCAGUGAUAGGUGAUACAACCAGUUUACCUUCCAUCUACCAAAUGGUCCCGAAAGAGGUCCUUCAGUACAAUGGGAUAGUCCAACUACUUCUGCAUUUCAAGUGGAUAUGGGUUGGCGUCAUUGCAAUGGAAGAUGAAAAAGGAAUACACUUCCUGCAAACAUUGACAUCAGUGCUUUUACCAAGUGGCAUCUGUACUGCUUUCACUGAAAGAAUCCCAGUCAUGUCUACUGUGUUUGACCUGUGGUACCUCAUGAAACACGCUGAGAACAUGACAUCUCUUCUAAAUAUAACCAAUAUUAUUCUUCACCCUUUUCUAAGAAGAACCUCAUUUAACAACAGUGCUGGAGAUGAGAUCUCUUUUAAUAGCAAUGGUGAACUGGAAGCUGGAUUUGACAUUAUCAACUGGGUCACCUUCCCAAACCAAUCCAUCAUUAGAAUCAAAGUUGGGAUGAUCGAUCCCAAAGGUUUGCCAGACAAAGAGGUCACCAUUAACAAGACGAUCAUUACAUGGCACAGAGGAAUAAACCAGAGCUUACCCCGUGCUGUGUGCAAUGACAACUGCCAUCCAGGGUACAGAAGACAGAAGAAGGAAGGGGCACCAUUUUGUUGUUACGAUUGUGCUCCAUGUCCACAAGGGAAGAUUUCUGAUACGAAAGAUAUGGAUGACUGUUCCAAAUGCCCACAAGACCAGUACCCAAACAAAGAUCACAUCCAAUGCCUUCCAAAGUUUCUAACAUUUCUCUCUUAUCAAGAAACUCUGGGAGUUGCUUUAUCUUCCGUGGCUUGCAUUUUUUCUCUGAUCACAGUUUUGGUGCUAGGGAUAUUCAUCAAACACCAGAACACACCCAUUGUCAGAGCCAACAACCGAGGACUCACCUACACCCUCCUCAUCUCCCUCAUCCUCUGCUUCCUCUGUUCCUUCCUCUUCAUCGGCCAGCCUCACGCAGUUACCUGUCUCCUACGACAAGCCUCUUUCAGCGUCAUCUUUUCAAUGGCUGUUUCUUCAGUCCUGGCCAAAACCCUCACCGUGGUUCUGGCUUUCAUGGCCACAAAGCCAGGAAGCCAAAUGAAGAAGUGGGUGGGAAAAAGGCUGGCAUGUCCCGUGGUUCUUUCCUGUUGCCUUAUUCAAACAGGGAUUUGCGCUGAGUGGCUCUGGGCGUCUCCUCCUUUCCCAGAUUUAGACUUCCACUCUUUUUCAGAGGAAAUGGUGGCAGAAUGUAAUGAAGGAUCCCCCAUCAUGUUUCACAUUGUUCUGGGGUACAUGGGAAUCCUGGCUCUCAUUAGCUUUGUUGUGGCUUUCUUUGCCAGGCGAUUGCCCAGCACAUUCAAUGAAGCCAAGUUCAUCACUUUCAGCAUGUUGGCUUUUUGCAGUGUUUGGGUCUCUUUUGUCCCAACUUACCUGGGCACAAAGGGAAAAUACAUGGUAGCUGUUGAGGUCUUCUCCAUCUUGGCUUCUAGUGUUGGACUGCUGGUUUGUAUCUUUUAUCCCAAGUGCUAUAUAAUUGUACUGAAGCCUGACCUGAACUGUAAGGAGCAGCUAAUGAAAAGAAAGAAAUCAAUACCAUAA